CGCCUUCGCCAUGGGCGGGGAGGAGGAGAUUGUGCGCAUCGCCAAGCGGCUGGACAAGAUGGUGGCCAAAAAAAGCGCGGAAGGGGCAAUGGAUUUGCUGAAGGAGCUGAAAAGUAUGCCAAUAACCUUGGACUUGCUGCAGUCCACACGCAUUGGGAUGUCUGUGAAUGCCCUCCGGAAGCAGAGCACAGAUGAAGAAGUGAUUGCACUUGCCAAAUCUCUUAUCAAGGCCUGGAAAAAACUCCUAGAUGCCUCAGAAGAGAAGAAUGAUGAGAAGAAAAAGAAUUCCUCCUUGCCCACUUCCUCCUCCAAGGAGAGCAGUGACUCAAGAGACCAAAGCUCCAACAGAAGGCAGGACCCUCCGAAGACCCCGACCACCCCCAAAAUCACCACCUUCCCACCGGUGCCUGUCACGUGUGACACCGUGCGCAACAAAUGCCGAGAAAUGUUGACCUCUGCUCUGCAGACAGACAACGACCACGUUGCCAUUGGUGCCGACUGUGAUCACCUUGCUGCCCAAAUUGAAGAAUUCAUAUACCAGGAUGUCAAGAACACAGACCUGAAGUACAAAAACCGUGUCAGGAGCCGUAUCUCCAAUCUGAAGGACUCCAAGAAUCCUGACCUCCGAAAGAACGUCUUAUGCGGAGUGAUCACUCCAGAGCAAAUUGCGGUGAUGACCUCAGAGGAAAUGGCCAGCAACGAGCUGAAAGAGAUCCGGAAAGCCAUGACCAAGGAGGCUAUCCGAGAGCAUCAGAUGGCAAAAACAGGAGGGACCCAGACCGACCUCUUCACCUGUGGGAAAUGCAAGAAAAAGAACUGCACCUACACCCAGGUGCAAACCCGUAGUUCAGAUGAGCCAAUGACCACUUUUGUUGUGUGCAACGAGUGCGGAAACCGCUGGAAGUUCUGCUGAGAUGUCUCUGAUGAGACCAGCGACAGCCAAUCCCGGGCCUGAUCUCCGACAUGCAUUCCCCGACAUCGCCAGCAGAUUUUGUACUGUUCUCAUCACUGAGUUUGCUUUGU